AUGUUGUUUUCUGGCUUUAAUGUGUCCAUGUGCCUCGCUGGAAGCGAAUCUGUGCAGCUGCUAAGCUGGAGACCUCUGCGUGAAGUAAUGCACGGUGUGUUUCGAGAUUUAGGCGGCGACCGUGAGUUGUUUCUAUCGGUAGCCUUGGUGCAGCAAGGGCUCACGCAGGAUCUCCUUUCGGACUCGGGGCGAAUGGUGCGCACGACGUUCCACAGCACCGCGCCGCUUGACGCCACUCUCGAGAAUGUCGGUUAUACAAAGCUGAGUGAUUUGCGACACUUUUCCAAGCUUCUGGCGCGUGGGUGGGAACUGUCUCGAUUCGAUACUACAAGUAACUGCGGCUUUCUUGUGGUGACGGUUAUUCUCAAACAAGUUACGGGGAAGGACGUGAUCUUAUCGUCCAUGUUGGUUGUGUUUGGGAGCCACUCCACCACGCACCUCCAUAGCUUGCUUAACAAAGAGAGGCCCGUUGCCCAUGCCUUGCUUACUGCCGCGCUGCGUAGCCCGUGUUUUGCCGUGGCGGCCUUCACCUUGUACGACGAAGACAUGAGUAUCGUGCGUCUCAUGAACACGCAGCGCAGGCUCUCCUCCAUUGUCAGUGCCCCCGGCAAGGUGGGAAGUGUGCGAAGGUUUCUUGAGGAGGCAGAGAAGAAGCUCGCUGCGGGUGCCGACGUAGAGGCAGCGGCGGGUGCCGAGCGUGAGGAGCUCGUGAGGGGGGUUGCGGCCGCCAGGAAGGCCCUGAAGGACCCAAGGCACUACAUCCCCCGGGGAAGCGUUGAGGAGGUAAAAGAACGUCAAGAACUGAAGGACAAGGCGAGGUUCGAGGCGACCAACAAAACCACCUCUGAAGUGCCUCGUGCCGCCGCCAUGGCCGCGAAGGAACCCACAAGCGGCAAAGCCCCCGAGAGCCAACAACAGCCGCCGCAGGUGCCUGGCGAUACAGUCGGCACGGAAAAACAGGAGACGAGUCAGCAAAGCGCACAACUCCCCUCAGUGCGGCAUGGGAAAAAGACGGGGUCACAUCCCGCAGAAGAGGAUGCUAACCCAAGCGAAGCUCGCUUGUAUAAAAGUAAGGGCCACAUGGAGAAUGUCCUCGAGCGGCGCCAUUCACGGGGAAGCACAAGCGCAUUGACGUCUGCUCCAACUGCUGCCACGAAAAAAAAGGAUGCGACUGCGGCUCUCCCUACGGCGCGUCAAUCACCGGGCAUCCAGCAAGAGAAGGGGGGGAAUGCCCCAGUUACGUUACCGCCGUUGCCUUCCGUGGGACGCCGGGGGGAACGGCCCCCGGCAUGUUCCCCGAAACUGCCCAACGAAACGGAUCUGGACUUGCCCGCACAGCACACUCCUCCGGCUGUGCCUGGCCGAGGGGUUAUGGACGGCCUCGAAAAGGAGUCCAUGCAUUCGCAGCCUCCCACCCACGCAGGAACGCUUGCUUCCAUGCAAGAAAAUUGGUUGGAAAAGGAGCCCUUAGGCCUCCACGCGGAGCAGCAGCAGCAGCAGCAAGGGCAGCUGGAGAAUAAGCCAGUCCUGCGGCCCGCUCCCCCGCUAGUUGCUACUGGUGCAGCUAGCUGUGAAGCUUCUCGUUUCCUCUCCGCGUCCGUCCCUCUUGGAUCCACGGCGAGUACGCGGUACGUGCAGCGCACAGAAGUUCCUCUACAAAAACUGGUAUUUCAUAACAUUGAACAACAAUCAGGAGUGCUCCCUGCUGUAGCGAAGACGUUGUCAAUGGAGGGGCUGCCCCAACUCGGUCGAAGGAGCGACGAACCGUCAACGUGCACCUCCGCCGAAGUUGCACCGCAAGGGAACUCUGCAGAUGCGAAUGCGUCUCUGACGCUGAUCCCAGAACAGGAUGAGUACGUAGAAGAGGAAGCAGAAGGGGGCGAUGGCGGAGCCAGCGAGCACCGUCCGAUGGGAAAUGCGCCUUGCCAAGGUAACAGAAACCGCAGGAAACAUUCUACAGCUGUGAUUUCAUCAGCCAAUCCUAGUGUGCGAACCCUUGUCGCGCUUGAUUCACGGUGCAAAGAGAAUUUCAAUGUCACGCACGAUGGCACAAUGGUUAUUGUGAUGACGGAUGAUGAUUUUGAAGAGUAUGAGGUGGACGAAGUGAUCGAGCGACAAGAUGGCUGUGAAUCUCUCAAGUCUAAACUGCUGGAAGAAUUACUGGACAUAUUUAUGCUAGGCUGCAAUGCGGCUAUUCUGGCGGCGGAUGGCCGCUCUUCGUCCAUGUCAACCUUUGUUUUGAAGAGCGUCGUGCGUGAAGUUAUGGCGGAGGUCGGUGCGACGACGCCGUCCGAGGAGCCGCAAUACAAAGGGGCCCUCAGUGUCUCUAUGGUACAGGUGCGGGGAGAGAAGGUCUUGGAUCUGCUCAAAGAAAACAGUAAACCGCAACGGUUAGUUAUUGCCCUCUCGCCCAUCUUUGGUCCAUGCGUGCACGAUGUGACGCGUCUUGCUGUUAACAGUGCGGUCGUAUUCGACUCCACGUUAACAACCGCGCUCACGCACGCUGCCAAGAAUGAGCGGGAGUACGGGAUAGUGUUCAUCUCCCUCGUGUUGAAGCAAAAGCUUGAGGAUGAAAAGGACGUGAUGGUCUCCUCACUUGUUGUUAGCCUGGUGGGGGAAAACGCCGGUGUGUAUGCGGCUGUGCUUGACCGGAGUCCCCUCGUUCCCCGCGCGCUGUUUCACUAUGCAUUGGGAGGCCCAUGCUUUACGCUGGCCCUGCUCGGUUUUAGCGGCGAUGAAGCACGCGCGUAUGAGAUGCUGGCCGUGCAACGGCGCCUUGGCGAAAUGAUCAACCGACCAGUUCACCGCGGCAGCAUUAACAAGUUUAUCAGUGGGAUUCGCAAGGAUCUGGCGCCGGCGUUCGUUGGAAAAUUGCAGAGCUCUGACGAUCAAGAGUCGACCAAAAAAAUCUUGCGUCGUCUAGAUGAAAUGGUGCAGGAUGCUGAGGCGCUUUUAGAAAACUUCGACAGCACCGAUCCCCAGGCGUACCUGAAUGAUGCGGAGGAAAAGCAGACGAGUGAGAGUCAAUGGGAACGCAGGCCACCCUCAGGGGCAGUUGCCGAUGCCAGUGACAGAGAGCGGGUGCGCUCCCUCGUAUGCUUCGAGCAACGCUUGCUCGGCGAGGGUUCUACGACUGUACAGGACAACUCGGUUCUCGCUCGCAACGGGCCGUUCGUUUCUCGCUAUGACGUGGACGAAGUGUUGAUUCGAGAGCCCGGCGGGAGUGUCCCUUCCUCGCGGCUGAUUGAGGAACUUGUGUCAAAAUUUUUACUGGGACAUUGUACGGCGCUGCUUGCCGCGGAGGGUCGGACGUCCGCUGUGACACCGCUCAUCCUACGGAAAAUUGCCUACCUCAUCCUCAAGAAAAUAAAGAUGGAAUCAUCCUCAACCUCGAUUACAGGCGACUUGCUUGCCUCCAUUGCACUCGUCAAGGACAAUGUCACGGCAGAUUUGUUAGCUGUUGACGCUGAACUGGCGUUUCACCGCUUUGAAGUGGAGGUAUCACCACUUUUGAACCGUCGUUUGCGGGGCGCAUCAUACCACCUAGUCGCCUCCGCGGAAGGAUUUGAUAGUCUCCUUGCCGCUGCCGUUGCUCGCGCCGAACCCGCGCUAAAGUCUGAGGAUCCUGGUAUUAUGGUCGUGGCACUCAGCCUCACGCAACAUGUGGAAUCUCCUAUGCGUGACGUGCUCCUUUCGUCUUUCAUGGCAACCACCGUAUUUGACGGUGUGUCGCAUUACACUGGCGUGCUGCAUAACAGUUCCUCUGAACCAACAGAACUUUUUGAGCUUGCACUCGGUGGCUCGUGCUACACCAUCGCUAUGCUUGGAAUUAGCGACGAGGAGGAAGAGGUGGGACAACUCCUUGCGGUGCAAACGGAACUGGCCCACGUGCGUAAUCAACCUUCGUCUCCCGUCAGCGUUCUGCAGCAUGUGAACGAAGUAAAACAGGGGAUUCUUGCCCUUCGUGAACUCCAAAAAACGACAAAGGACUUGCAACAAAUGGAGUACAUCAGUGUCAAGAUCAGAUAUGCAGAAGCUUACUUGAAGGAGACUGAAGCAGUUUUGGAGGCGCCGGUACGAGAAAGAGGUUUCGUGCCCUUGGGUGCAUAG